UCGGGAAGCUUCUACAAGCAAGUGAAGGAAGUUGCAGCCCAUGUUUGGAAAUGUUCCCCCGAGGCGUCGCUUCAGCCCGAAGAAUAACGAUUAGCUGGAGAACUGCGAGUGCUGAACGCACAUCACAUUAGCGCUCCCGGACGGAAGAUUUUAAUACAGCACAGCGGACAAUCAUCAUCAUCAAUAUUAUCAUGGCACAGGCAAAAAUACACGCAAAAAUGAACGAAUCUGUCUGCAGCAAAUUCAGCAGGACGCUGUCUAUGGCAGAUCGCUCCGGGCGACUCCUGGAAAGUUUGGAUCAGCUGGAAAUGAGGGUGGAGGCUUUACGCGACGCUGCAUCAGCCAUGGAGCAGGAAAGGGAGAGCAUCCUGGAAAUGAUUCAGUCCGUGCAGAACAGUCAGGAAAUGCGUAACAUCUGUCCGGGUGAGGCUGCUAAUUCUUGCAACUUACAUAAGGGUGAGAGAGAAGAGCUGAAUUUAACUGCAAACCGUCUGAUGGGGCGAACACUGUCUGUGGAGAUCUCUAUUGGCACAAUCAGGAACCCCCAGCAGGAGGAGGCGCUGCAGAAGGCCACGUCUAUAAUAGAUGAAAUAGUGAAAAAGUUACUGAGUGACAUGGAAGGUGCUCGGCAGCAGCUGCUGGCUCUGCACGCGGCCUGCGUGACCGAAGCACCGCCUGUCCCCAUUGACCAGAAGUUUCAAGCCAUAGUGAUCAGCUGCGCUCUGGAGGACCAGAAGAAGAUCAAGAGCAGGCUGGAGACUUUGGUGAGGAACACUGAAAACGCUGAGAAGAACAUCAAGAUUAUGGAUCACCAAAAACUCGAGGACACAAAAGCCAGUGGAGGUCACUAAAGGUCCAAAGCAACAUCUAAAACUCGUGUUGAAUUCCGCUAACCUCACACAAAGUUGAUGAAAACUUUUAUGUGUUUACUUAAUUUCAGGAGUUGUCAUGCAAAUCCUUGUGGGAAAAGUACAGUGAUUCAGUGCCUUGCAAAUGUAGCCACACCCCUGAACUUCCCGUUUAGUGUAUUACCUCAUACAGCAGUGUAUUUCAUUGGGAGUUUUGUGCUAGAAUAACACAUAAUAUUCUUUUAUUUCAAACAAAACAUUUGAAAAACAUGUAUCAAUUUGCUUCCACUUCACAAUUAUGUACCACUGAGCAGUUUCAUUAAAAUACAUUAAAGUUAUUGGUUCUUCUGAAACAGAAUACUAUAUAAUAUUGAGUUUGGGAGGAAUAUAUACAUUUGCAAGGCCCUGAAUCAAACCCUAAAGACAGAAGAAAUGCAGUUACCUCUAUGGCAUUGUUUACACUAACUAUGCAUGUUCAUUAAGUCAGGAGUUUUUUACCAAAUAAUAUUUGAUAAU